UGGAGAAGAUGGCACGUCUCAGUUUGAUUUAUGUAGUAAUUUUCGUCUUCUUGGGAUCGUCGCUUGCAGCUAAACGCGUUGCCCGGUCUCCGCACUUUGGAUUAGGCCAAGGUUUUGGCGGAGGAUUUGGUGGCGGUUUUGGCGGAGGAUUUGGCGGUGGAUUUGGUGGUGGAUUUGGUGGUGGAUUUGGUGGCUACCCUCAUCCACCGCCACCUCCAAUAUAUGGUCCGCGAUUAUAUCCCCCACCGCCUCCACCAGGUUUGGGUUACGGCUUAAGUGGAUAUGGUCACCCGGGUGGAUUCUACCCGGGUGGGUACAAUCAAGGAUACCCGGGUCUUAGUGGGUUAAGUAUAGCGAAGAGCGUCAGCAUCAGCUCAGGUGGAAGUGCUCAGGCAAAUUCAGAAGCUUUUGGAAAAUGAGACUGAUACAUUAUUAAGUAUAAACCUUUUAACUAUAUAAGUAUUUUUGUGGUUAUAAAUAAAUCAUAAG